AUGAAUGACAUGUGUAACACCACGGGAUUACCCGAUCCAACGGAUUCUCAAUGGAUCCAGUGGUACCUCUCGGAUAUAUCGGAUAUAAAAGUGGACGAGCUUUUUAAUUAUACUAUUGAGAAUUGCACCAAGUCGCUCUGCCGUGAGUUUAAGUGGGAAGGGAACUCUGACCUUGCCGGAAGAGGCAUGAUGGUGACAUACUGGCUGGAAGGAGCGCUUGCCUGCGUCUACGCUAUGUUCUUAUACGCGGAGCGGACGGCGCGCUUCAGGAAAUGGACGACUGCGCCACCAAUUCUGCUGGAUCUGAGCACUGCGGUUAUUGACUCUUCUGCAGAAUUCUUGAGUAGCAUGCUUCUGUUCUGCCUAGCGAUGCUCGUGGCAGCAUUACACGGCUACGCGACUGCGCUAACCACAAAAGACGGAAUUACAGAAGCCGAGAGGAUUGGUUUGGUCUUCAUGGCUGUAUUCACUAUCCUCCCUCCGAUUCUAGUUCAGUGCUUGAUAGGCCCCCUGCGGAGGAAAAGGUUACGAAUCGGAUUAUGGGUCCUCAUCUGUCUUCUGGCUACGUCCGUCCGAGUUUUAGCUGCGGUUACUCCAUCACUGGAGAUAAGUGAAUUAAAAUAUGGCAAAGGAGAUAUACAAAAGCAGAAUUAUGAAGAUCUGUGCGCACCCCAAGCCAUCUACUUGUGGCGCGCAUUGAAAGGAUUCGAGAUAAUCGCGCCGGUUGCGCUUGCUUUCUCGGCCGUAACGAGGAUGCCGUGGCUUCAACAUUUUGAGAUUUUCGACGUGUACCGGUCUCUCAGGUGGAAGCUUCCCGCUGCCCUCAGCUUUGGUGGCAUAUGGGUGUUCCUGGCUAUUUUUUCCGCGUAUAGACAGGAACAGGGACAGGUGAGCGGGGCUUCAAACAAAGAACGGGCAUGGGGAUUCGGUCAAGUCCUCGCUCUAGCCACAUGGGCACCUGCUAUUGUGGAUUUUGUGUAUAUUUUCCUCUUCGGGUCGGAAAGGGGGCUGCAAGGACGAAUGCCCGAAAAUUUCAAGGUCGUUAAGAUCGUAGAAGGGGCUGAGGACACUACGGUGUCGCUUUUAGUUACAAAUUCUGAUUAA